GCGCGCCGCGCGGGGCCGCACCGGGCAGCGCCGUGCGGGGCUGUGCCGAGCCGAGCCGUGCGGAGCCGGGCCGGGCCGGGCCGAGCCGAGCCCGCCCGCCGCGCCCCGAUGAAUGGGAUCGCCUUCUGCCUGGUCGGGAUCCCGCCGUCCGCCCCCGCGCCGACGCCGGGCCGGAGAGAUGGGGCGUCCCCGAACGCCAACGCGCCCCCGGAGGGGGGGUCCUUCCCCUGGGUGGGGCCCAAGACGGUGGCGCUGCGGAAGAGCCCCCAGGGCGGCUUCGGCUUCACCCUGCGCCACUUCAUCGUGUACCCCCCGGAGUCGGCCGUGCACUCGGCCAAGGAGGAGGAGAAUGGAAACCGAGCAGGUCCCCCCCGGAGCCGCCUGGAGCCCAUGGACACGAUCUUCGUGAAGAACGUGCGGGAGGACGGCCCGGCGCACCAGGCGGGGCUGCGCACGGGUGACCGGCUGGUCAAGGUGAACGGGGAGAGCAUCAUCGGGAAAACCUACUCCCAGGUGAUCGCCCUGAUCCAGAACAGUGACGAUGUGCUGGAGCUCUCCAUCAUGCCCAAGGACGAGGACAUCCUCCAGCUGGCCUAUUCCCAGGACGCUUACCUGAAGGGCAACGAGCCGUACUCCGGGGGGGCUCAGAGCAUCCCCGAGCCCCCUCCCAUCUGCUACCCGCGGAAAACCUACCCCUUCCAGGCCCGGGGUGCCGAGCCCGCCCCGGGCCAGCCGCCGGACCCCCGCGCCCCCCGCUCGGCCACCACCGGUCCCUCGUCCCCG